UUUCUCUCUGCGCUCUGUCCUGUGGCAUCCCAUAGUAGAGCUUGUGUGGUAGCUUAACAGUUUGUCGUUACUAUUGUAGCAUAAUAAGACGUAUAAUAUUGCUUGGGAGCGGGCGUUGUAUCGUAUAUCUUAAGUUUUUGCUGGUGCAAAGCUGUGGGCAUGUUACACAUGCAUACAUACAUAUUCCUAUCGUUAACCGCCCUACAGCACAAUAAGCGGUUGUAUAUGUAUGUUAAGCUGAUAACGGUUGCCGGCACAUUCUUUUCGCUAUUCCUUUCUUCACAUUCGGCUACAAAAGCCACCAUACACAAAUUUUUGUCACGUAGUUAAUAUUGUGAUGUCGCACAUAUUAGCAGCUCCUUUGCCUUACACAAUUUUGUUGACGGAAAGUUUGAAAAUUAAACAAACACUGGUUUAAGAAAAGCGUAAUAAUUACACUUUCUUUGUUUAUAUAUUUAACAAAAAAUUUCAUAAAAAAGUUUAACAAAGCUGCAGUUUGAUUAAAAUAUAGAAUAUAUAAAUUUAAAUAGUGAAGUCAAGUGCGAAAAGGUGUGGCAGUGAUGCAAUUUUAUUUACUCAAAUUGCGUUGUUUAUGCUUUGCUGCUGUUGUUAUAUUUAUAACGCAGCAGGUGUCAGCCAGCGAAGCUCGUGCAAAUAAGCACAUUGAUCCACGCAAUGCACCGCUUGAUUACGAUGUGGCUUAUGAACCAGACUACAACGAUGUCGAAAACUAUUAUGAUAUAUUUGAAGAUGCUGCAAAAUUAUCGCCAUACAACGAAAAACGUUCAUCACGCAUACAUGUUUUCCGACGUGGCUGCAUACCGCGUGGAGGUGCUUGCGAUAGCAGGCCUAAUGACUGCUGCUACAAUAGUUCCUGUCGAUGCAAUUUCUGGGGAAGCAAUUGCCGUUGCCAACGUAUGGGACUCUUUCAGAAGUGGGGCUAAACUUCCAAAAUAUACAAUGAAGACUUCAGACUACCCACAAAAAAUAUGCGGUCAACUGUAAUUACAAUAAAUUUAGUUUAUUUAUUAAUACCAAAGAUCUCUUGCAAGUAUUUGAAAAGAAUUCAGUAUAAAUUAUGUGUUAAUACGAAAACGCUGUUGACGUAGGUGAAGAGAGACGAAAAAAAAAACAGAAAAAAACAAUUUAUGUAAACAGUAGUAUAAUUAGUUAUUAGCUCCAGCCAAUAUAGCCAAUGUGUGUAUGUAAACUCAAUUAAAUAUUUGCAUGUAUUAAAUUUUAUGGAACACAUAUCUAUUAAACAGUUCAAUUAAGCGAAUUCA